CCCCCAACGUCAAAACUAGACAACUGCAGCAUUUUAAGUAAAUUUGAAGUAAUCUAAAGAGACUGUGCUGUGCCUUGUCUUCUCUACUACCUGCAGACUCUCGGAAUCUAUUACUAAUUCUCGUAUUCAUACAAUCAUUAAAAAAGCUCCAAUUCUUCAUUUCAACUCUCUUCUCCAUUUUCCCAUUUUUGCUUCACAGAUUUACCACUUCGACAAUGGCGGUGGUUGUUUCUGCUCCUGGCAAGGUUUUGAUGACUGGGGGAUAUCUUAUUUUGGAGAGACCGAAUCCAGGGCUUGUUCUCAGUACAAGCGCUCGUUUCUACGCCAUUGUUAAACCUCUUCUCGAAGAAAUUAAGCCCGAUAGUUGGGCCUGGGCAUGGACAGAUGUGAAAGUGACAUCUCCUCAGCUUAAUAGAGAAAGCAUGUAUAAGUUGUCAAUGAAAAAUCUGACGCUUCAGAGUGUUUCAAGGCAAGUUUAUACUGGGAUCACAGAGAAAACUGGCUCUGGUUCAAAGAUGUCAACUUUGAAUGAUCAUCCCCCACUCUGCUUUGUUACUAAGGAGUCGGGGAACCCUUUUGUGGAGCAAGCAGUGCAGUACUCUGUGGCAGCUGCAUAUGCUACAGCUGACAAGGACAGGAAGGAAGUGUUACAAAAACUACUACUGCAAGGUCUUGAUAUCACCAUUUUAGGUAGCAAUGACUUUUAUUCAUAUCGGAAUCAGAUUGAAGCACGUGGACUCCCUUUGUUGCCUGAAUCAUUGGCUGCUCUUCCUCCUUUUGCAUCAAUUACUUUCAAUUCUGGGGAAUCCAGCGGAGAAAAUAGCAAGCCAGAAGUUGCAAAAACUGGAUUGGGUUCAUCUGCUGCUAUGACAUCUUCGGUGGUUGCUGCUUUGCUUCAUUACCUGGGAGUUGUUGAUCUUGCUCACGUGAAGGGCACUGCAGAUCUGGAUGUGGUGCAUAUUAUAGCUCAAACUGCUCAUUGCAUUGCACAGGGGAAAGUUGGCAGUGGAUUUGAUGUUAGCUCUGCAGUUUAUGGUAGCCAUCGUUAUGUCCGUUUUUCACCAAAAGUAAUCUCUUCUGCUCAGGUUGCCAUAAAAGGUGCUCCCCUGGGAGAAGUGGUUAUCGAAAUUUUAAAAGGAAAAUGGGACCAUGAGAGGACAAAGCUAUCCUUGCCACCAUUAAUGAAUCUUUUACUUGGAGAACCAGGAACUGGAGGAUCAUCUACACCAUCAAUGGUAGGUGCUGUUAAAAAAUGGCAGAAGUCUAACCCCGAAAAAUCACAGGAAACAUGGACAAAGUUGUCAGAGGCUAAUUCUGCACUUGAAACACAGUUAAAUACAUUAUGUAAAUUAGCAGAAGAACACUGGGAUGAAUAUAAGAAACUAAUUAACAACUGCGGCUCACUUAAACCUGAAAAGUGGAUGGAGCAAGCCACUCAACAAAGUCAAGAAGUCAUUGCCAAAGUUUUAUUAGGCGCCAGAGUUGCUAUGCUUGGGAUCCGGUAUCAUAUGCGUCUGAUGGGCGAGGCUGCAGGCAUUCCGGAUCUAUCAUCGGGGAGGAUGAUUGGCAGUAUUGAACCAAGUUCACAAACACAACUUUUGGAUUCUACAAUGAAUAUGGAAGGUGUAUUGUUAGCUGGAGUUCCUGGAGCAGGUGGGUUUGAUGCAGUAUUUGCUGUUACUUUAGGGGAAUCAAGCAACCAUGUCAUAAAGUCAUGGAGUUCACAGAAUGUUCUCGCAAUGUUAGUCAGAGAAGAUCCUCGUGGUGUUUCUUUGGAGGCUACUGAUCCUCGAACCAGUGAGAUUACUUCAUCCAUUUCCUCGGUUAAGAUGCAGGUUGUUCUUGCUCAUAUGGAUUUGGAUGAUGCAUUACUAAGGAUUGACAAAAUGCCCUCAUCACUGACUAAAGAAGAAAAUGAGCCUAAGGAUAAAAAAUCUCUAUCGCAUAUUCAUCUUCAUUUGUCUAAUUAGAUUUUACAAGACGUUUUGAAGGAGAAAAGUACUGCGACAUUGUGGUUGAAAUGGGAGUAGUUGUGUAUGACAAAAAGCUUGACCAGCAAAAUGCACAUGAAGCAGCAUUUGUAUUCUCAUCAUUUCUCAAAAGGUACAUCUCUUGAAAAUCAUUUAUUUAUGUUUAAGAAGAUUGUAUCUAACUUGGAGUCUAUAUAGGUUCAUGCUAGGGUUGGUGCCCUAAAAACAUGUGAAAAGAAACUCUUAUUGAUUUAAAUAAAAGUAUAAUUUUAUUA